AUGUCUGUUAAUACCAGUCAUCUCGUGCUGCCGCGCCCAGGUACAACAAAUACACCAAAAUUGCCUAUUAGAGGUCCUUCAGAAUCAUUUUUCACAUCUACCUUUGGCGCCUUGCUCCCACCGGCGCGACACCUUGAAACUGCCAAUGGAAAAGCGGCGUACUACUCGAUACCACCAUCGGCGCCUACAGAGAGUGCACGAACAAUCGAUCGCGUACUCCUGAUCCAUGGUGUACAGACCCCAGCCAUAGGAAUGCUACCUCUGGCACGUGCACUGCACGAUACAUUCUCACACACGCAUUUCGUGUUGGUCGAUCUCUGGGGUCACGGCUUAAGUGAUACACCCGUCAUUCCACACGAAGCGGCUUUGUUCCACGGCCUGAUUGACGCGCUACUCGAUCAUUUACAAUGGUCUACCGCACAUCUCAUUGGCUUCUCCUUCGGCGGCUCAUUAACAGUCGGAUACACUGCAUCGCGACCAUCUCGUGUGAGCAGCUUCACGCUUGUUGCCCCAGCGGGACUUAUUCGCAUUGAUGCUUUCCCAACAGAAGACCAACACCACCUGAUGCACGGUGUUGACGAAGUCGAGGUGCGAAAGGUUAUUCUACGAUUCCUGGAAGGCGGAGAAUUGAUAGUACCGGAUGACUGGCGAGAAAGAGUUGGAAGAGUCAUCAUGUUUGACGACGACACACCAUCACGUCUCUCCUCGCCCGGGCGUUCAGGCAGUGAUCGUCCGUAUAUUGUACGCGCACGACGCCCGCAAGCACGGGAAAUGCCUGAACAAGCCAUAAAAAAAGACUCUUCAAUAGCCAGUCCGCCAGAAUAUUGUUGGAUACUCAUACUGAAAGGCGGUGAAAAGCUUAGGGCUCACUUGGCAGAGUUCAACGCGAUAGCCAAGGCUGCCGCAUCUACCGACCUUCAAAACCUCCACUUGGCAAUUGGGGCGCAGUAUUUGCGCUUCCUUCCCAAAUUUGACGACAUUCGGUACGAUGAAACGACCGACGUUGGCGAAUAUCUGCCUAUCAUGGUGCAAGUUGGCACCUACAACACUCCUGCUAAGCCAAAGAAAAAGGGCCUCAAACCGGAGCAAGUAUUGGAAGUGUGGGUCUACCAUACACUUUCACAAAAGCCUACCGAGGAAGAUCCAGCACCUAUCUCUCUGAUCGAGCUCGUCGCCUUCAACAAGGACCAACAGCACGUGCCCGAUGUACCCGGACUGAACCAAGACGACCCCUGGGCCACGAAAAAACAGCUGGUCAACCUCCUCCAACCCUUCGUAGGCAUUCGCAACGAAACAGAACUUCGUUGCUUGGUGUGCUACUGUCUUCUUCUUGCUGCCGCCGAGAACCACUUCUAUUUUGACGGACUCUCUAUAUCUAGAGAACUAGGUUUCACAGGUGUACUGGUCGAACUCUGCAAGAGGGCAUGGGAAGAUGAGAGAUUCCAAGCCUUUGAAAAGACAGGCGUAUUGCCAGACAAAAGCAAUUUGUGGGAUGGAGUUCCUAAGUUGGACGUGCAGAAGGGAAGAGAUGCUGAGCAGUAUUCAACGUCGGAGAGUGAGGGUGAAGAUAGAAUUCCGGCAGUCAUGCCCGAAGGCGCAGGCUUCGCGGGCAUUGCAGCAGCGAUAGAAUGUGACCGAAAAGGCCACUCAGUCCUCCUUCUCGAGAAAGCUGCAGAUGUAGAGGAGAUAACGCGAUUCGGGGAUAUCAUCUCAUUCGAUCCGAACGGUGCGCGCAACUUCGAGCGCUGGCCUGGCGUCAUCGAGGCAAUGAAGAAAGUUGCACGGAAAACAACGUGGCUGGACCUGUACCACUGGAAAGGGGAGUUUGUUACAAGACAAAGUUUUGACGCCGAGAAGGAGUGGGGACCCAGAAUCAAUGGGCAUAGAGGGGAAUUGUACAGUAUCAUCCAUCAGCAUGCUGUCGACCGGGGCGUAGAAAUCAGAUGGGGUCAGCGUGUGACUGACUACUUCGAGGAUGAGGAAAGAGCUGGUGUUGUUGUUAACGGGAAGCGUGUGUUUGCUGACGUAGUCAUCGCAGCCGAAGGGGUGCGCUCGCGUGGCCGCAAGAUUGUGCUUGGAUUUGACGAUAAACCUAAGAGCUCGGGAUAUGCUGUAUAUCGCUCUUGGUUUUCUGGCGACGCAAUCAAAGACAACCCUAUGUUGAAGCAUCUUGUAGAGAGGGACAGUCACUCUGGUUUCAUUGGCCCAGAUCUCCACUUCCUGGUUUCGUCGCUCAAGGACGGCAAAGAGUUUAAUUGGGUGUUUACUCACGUAGACGACGGCAAUAUCGAAGAGAGCUGGCAGUUUCCCGGGAGAGUAGAGGAUUGUCUAAAGUAUGUCGAAGGAUGGGCGCCGAUAGUACAAGAGAUCGUGAGAUCGACACCAAAAGGCGCACGUCUCAUCGAUCACAAACUCGUCUUCCGCGACCCAUUACCGACUUUUAUUUCCCCAAAACAACGCAUCGCUUUGAUUGGAGAUGCAGCGCAUCCAUUCCUUCCAACAUCCAUCCAAGGAGCCAGUCAAUCCAUUGAAGACGGUGUCGUCCUAGCUGCAUGUCUCGAACUCGCUGGCAAGGAAAGCAUCCCACUAGCCGUAUGUACAUUCGAGAAGAUCCGUUACGAAAGAGUACACAAGGCGCAGGCGACAGGAGUGACGACGCGUGAGCGAUGGCACAAAGCCGACUGGGAUGAAAUCGCUAAAAAGCCAGAGUCGAUUCACCUAGCACGCGAGGCAUGGUUGCUGAACUUUGAUGCAGAAAAAGACUGCUACGACAGGUUCCAAGUAGUCGCCAAAGACUUGCGGGGUGCACAAGCACGGUUGUAA